UCCUCCUCUUCAUCAUCACCUUCAUCCUGAGGACCGACAGCCAUGAUGUCUGCCGCCUCCUCUUCCUCCUCCUGCUGAAAAGCCUCCGGGAUGAAGCGCUUCUUCCUCCCGCUGAUCCGGGUUCUGUGACGGACACGGAACCCCGCCGAACCGGGCCGGAUCGCGGGCUCGGUUCCGUCCAGCAGCAGCAGAUCGGUGCGCGUCGCUGGCGCUGCGCCACGGCUUGUUUACCAGCAGGAUGGAGGUCCAGAUUUCCAGGAGCAACAGCGACGUCAGGAAGUUCUAGCGAUGCCGAACAUCUCAUCUGUGACGCUGCGCUAGAGAAAUGGUGUAUGCUCAGUCAGCAAACACCGUUCGUGUGAAUCCCUCCCUCUACUCGCCAUUCUUCAUGUAUCAGAUGUCCGUUAACUCGUCCAAGAGAGAAAACUCCAGUGUCCUGGCCACCUUACCCACCAACAGCCUCGAGGGCUCCAGCUUCAGCCAGCCCAACGCCACCUCUGCCUCCAGUGAGCUCACCUCAGGAGAGCUCGCUGUCCUCAGCCUGGUCUUCGGGGUCCUCUGGCUGGUGUCUGUCCUGGGAAAUGCUCUGGUCUGCCUGGUCAUCCACAGGAGCCGACGCACUCAGUCCACUACCAACUACUUUGUGGUGUCCAUGGCCUGUGCCGACCUGCUCAUGAGCCUCGGCUGGGCGCCGUUUGUCCUUCUGCAGGUGGUCGGCGGACAGUGGCCCCUGAGUGCUGCCGCCUGCAAGGUGGUGCGUUACCUGCAGCACCUGUGCCCCGGCGUUCAGGUGUACGUCCUGCUGUCCAUCUCCGUAGACCGGUUCUACACCAUCGUCUAUCCCCUGAGCUUCAAAGUGUCCAGGGAAAAGGCCAAGAAGAUGAUUCUGGCUUCGUGGCUGUUUGACGCAGCCUUCAUCGCCCCCUGUUUCUUCUUUUAUGGACCAGCAGAGAGUCAUUGUGAGUUCUUCCUCCCAGACAGCUGGGGCAGCAUUACCUACGCUGCCGUUCACCUUCUGGUUGGUUUUCUGCUGCCGGUUGGACUCAUAGUCUCCUUCUACCAGCGGGUGGUCCGCUACAUUUGGAGGAUCGGUGCCGACGGCCUGACGGUGCGUCGGACCAUGAACAUCGUCCCGCGGACUAAAGUGAAGACCAUCAAGAUGUUCCUUAUGCUGAACUCGGUUUUCUUCCUCACCUGGACACCCUUCUACGUCGCCCAGUUGUGGCACCCUAAGGAGGAUCUGCUGUUCUUCACCACCGUCGCCUGGAUCUGCUUCAGCUCCACAGCCUCCAAACCCACCCUCUACUCCGUCUACAACGCCAACUUCCGGCGCGGCAUGCGGGAAACCUUCUGCAUGUCGUCCAUGAAGUGCUACCGGAGCAACGCUUACACCAUCACCGCCAGCUCCCGCAUGGCCAAGAAGAACUACGUCGGGGUGGUGGAGAUCCCCGUCCACGCAAAGUCCAUCACCAAGGACUCUGUGUACGACGCCUUUGACCGAGAGACUAAGGAGAAGAAGGUCGCCUGGCCCACCAACACCAACCCCCCCAACACCUUUGUGUGAGCCCCUGUGGGCGACUCAGACUCCCAGGAUGUUUGUCUUGUAUGAAGGGCUUUUUCCUGGCAGCCAUCUUUUUCUACGCUCCGCCUCAGAAACAGGUUUUCAUGUCGCUUCGUCAACGCAGCCAGUGGACACCAACUGUUGCUUCUGUAAUGUGCGCUAGACGCUAACGCUAGUAAAGACUGAUGUAUUACUGCUGACAUGUGCUGUGCUGCUUUACUGGAUCCUAACAGAACCACGAGCUGGUUCUGAUUACCUCAAUAACUGGACCAAAGCUGAAAGCUUUUGCCAGCUAGAGGGAAGUUAGUAAAUGUGUGUACUGUGGUCCGUAGGUGGCGCCGUAGGCUAACUUUAGCUGUUAGCUGUUACAAGAAACAGAACCGGAGGAGCUGGGAGGGUCUCCAGGAAAUAUUUCAGAACCGGGUUCUGGUAAACAUUGUGAAAAUGUGCAGUAACACUUGAUGACUAAAUAAAACAGAAGGCUAACAGA